CAACACAUUUGUCUGCUUCUCCCUCGCCCCUCUCUCUCUCCUCCAUUUCAAAUAAAGUUUUUAACUUUUCUUCACUCUCUCUCUCUCUCUCUCCUCAAGAAGAAGAAGAAAAAUCCACUGAUAAAGAAAGUUUCUUCCUUUAUCAAACUUGAAAUCUCCAGACCAAUCGUCGGUUUGUCCGAACCUUCUCCAUUGUACGGUGAGCAGCUUCCUGUAAGAGAGAGAGAGAGAGUCUAAAACCCUAGAAAAGAAAAUAUGAGAAACCCCAUCUUCUUCUCCUUCCUUUUAAUCAUAGCUUCGAGCUCACUCUUCUCCACAGCAACAGCCAAAUCAACAAUCGAGCCAUGCUCAAGCAACGACACCUGCAACUCCCUCCUCGGCUACACUCUCUACACCGACCUCAAAGUCUCCGAAGUCGCCUCCCUCUUCCAAGUGGACCCCAUCUCCGUCCUCCUCGCCAACGCCAUCGACAUCUCCUACCCGGACGUCGAGAACCACAUCCUCCCUUCAAGACUCUUCCUCAAGAUCCCUCUCUCCUGCUCCUGCGUCGACGGCAUCAGAAAAUCCGUCUCCACCCGCUACAAAACCCGACCUUCCGACACCCUAGCGUCCAUCGCCGACUCCGUCUACGGCGGUCUCGUCUCCUCCGAGCAGAUCCAGGAGGCUAACUCGGUCGACGACCCGUCGGUGCUCGACGUCGGGACGAGCCUCGUCGUCCCUCUCCCUUGCGCUUGCUUCAACGGGACCGAUAACUCUCUCCCGGCGGUUUAUCUGUCGUACGUCGUGAGGGAGGUUGAUACUCUGGCGGGGAUCGCGAGGAGGUAUGAGACUACUGUUACGGAUUUGAUGAAUGUGAAUGCCAUGGGAGCUCCUGAUGUUAGCUCCGGUGAUAUCCUCGCUGUUCCUUUGUCUGCUUGUGCUUCAAACUUUCCCAAGUACGCUUCGGAUUAUGGAUUGAUUGUUCCAAAUGGUAGCUAUGCUCUAGCUGCAGGUCAUUGCGUGCAAUGUAGCUGUGCUCUAGGGAGCCGCAGUUUGUAUUGUGAGCCUGCAUCUUUAGCAGUCUCUUGCUCGAGUAUGCAGUGUAGAAGCAGCAACCUCAUGCUCGGUAACAUCACGGUGCAGCAGAGUAGCGCUGGCUGUAACGUUACGAGCUGUGAUUACAAUGGUUUCGCUAACGGCACUAUCUUGACCAUGCUAUCUAGGUCUCUUCAACCACGAUGUCCCGGACCUCCACAAUUUGCACCGCUUCUAGCUCCACCAGAUACUCUUCCAAAGGAUAUAAUGUAUGCACCAGCGCCUUCACCGGAGUUUGAUGGGCCAGGAUCCAUAGCAUCUUCGCCAAGAUCAUCUAUGCUUCCUUCAGGCGGUGGUUCCUUUCCAGGUAACCCCGCUAAUGGUCCAGCCGGAAGCAUCUCAAUGGCCACUGUCUCCUCCGCUGUUAGCCACUUCUUUAUCACAUUUCUCAUUUCAAUUUCUUCUUUCUCCUUUGUUUUCUCUUCUUGUUGAUUGAUUCAACAACAUUUUGUUAUUUAUUUUCCGCGCAUUUAAUUUAAAACUCUGGAAAGACUAUUUGAUUA